AAAAAAGAAAUCCACUGCCACUUCCUAUCCAUUAUGACUUCUCUUUCUUCUCCAUUUAUUCUCCUUUUGAUCUACUCCUUUUUUAAGAACAGCCACUGCCAUCUCAGGGGAGGCUCUCAACUUCCUUGGCCUCUAUAAUUUCAGGGUGGAGCUGAAAAUGAUCCUUAAGAGGGAAGAAGAAGAAGAAGAAGCAACAGAUACAUUGGCAUGCAACAAGAAUGUCGAAAUGACAAAGGGUGCCAAUGACGAUGGAGCAGUAGCUGAAGAUAACUUGGGGGAGUGGUUAAAUUUGAGCCUCGGCAGAAAUGAGCCCCCGAUCACAGGGGAUUCUAACUCCCUAUCAAAACCUGCUUCCAACGGGGUCUUCUCCUGCAACUUCUGCAUGAGAAAGUUCUUCAGUUCCCAAGCAUUGGGUGGUCACCAGAAUGCACACAAGAGGGAACGAGGAGCAGCAAGAAGGUUUCAUUCUCAGAGGCAGUUGCCAAUGAUGGGUUUGCCUCUCAGUUCUCCAAUGAUCCAAUCACUAGGCGUUCAACCCCACUCACUUGUGCACAAGCCAAGCAGGGAAGGAACAAGAAUGGGGGCAUGGAUAAAUGAUGCCAACACAGGUUUCAGGAUGGCAUUGCCACCAUUCACAAUUGAAGAAGCUAUGGAUUUGAUGUGGCCAGGAAACUUUCAUGUAAACUCCCAACCGUCCAAGCAGCCACCAGAGCUACUUAAGCUUGACUUGAAUCUUCGACUCUGAUCAUAGACACUAUCAAUCACACACUGAUCUGGUUCCUCUUAUGUCCAUUAAUUAGCAAUAACCAGGCAAACUGAAGCUUCAAAACACCUGUAAUGAGGCUUAUUCAUGAUAAAAGAGAGUUUACCUACUGCAGUCACAUGGUGUAACAGUAAACAUAAAGCGCAUUGUGCUUUCAGUUCUUCGAAGUUCCA